CAGUCAAACAGAGCAGACGAACGGGCCUGUGGUGAAAGGUACUGUGGACAAACGCUACAAAUGUGACCAGUGCGACUAUUCCGCUUCACAGAAAGCUCAGUUAGACCGGCACAUGGCUAAACACACCGGAGACAAACCCUACAUGUGCGGGGAGUGUGGAUACAGGACAGCUCACAAUUCUGAUCUUACUGUUCAUAAGAGAAAACAUACAGGUGAAAAACCUUACAAAUGCGACCAGUGUGACUAUUCUGCUGCAAAGAAAAACAAUUUAGACAUACACAUGGCUAAACACACAGGAGACAAACCCUACAUGUGUGGGGAGUGCGGAUACAGGACAGCUUCCAGAUCUUACCUAACAGUGCACAUGAGAAAGCAUACAGGUGAGAAACCGUACAAAUGUUACCAGUGUGACUUUUCUGGUGCAAGGAAAUGUGAUUUGGACAAACACUUGUUCAAACACACCGGAGAGGCUCCCCACAUGUGUGGGGAGUGCGGAUACAGGGCGGCUGAUAGGUCCCAUCUAACUGUACAUAUGAGAAGACAUACAGGAGAGAAACCUUACAAAUGUGACCAGUGUGACUAUUCUGCUGCACAUAAAAGUGAUUUGGACCGACACAUGUCUAAACACACUGGAGACAAACCCUACAUGUGUAAGGAGUGCGGAUACAGGACAGCUGACAGGUCCAACCUAUCCAAGCAUAUGAAAAAACAUACUGGGGAAAGGCCCUACAUGUGUGGGGAGUGUGGAUACAGGACCACUAACAUGUCUGACCUUCGCAGGCAUAUGAGAAAACAUACUGGCGAAAGACCUUACCAAUGUGACCAGUGUGACUACUCUGCUGCACAGAAAGUUCAGUUAUUCAGACACAUGACUAAACAUACUGGAGACAAACGAGAAGUGAGCAUGAGAAGUGUGGACUCAGGACAGCUGACAGGUCCAACCUCUCAAAGCAUAUGAAAAACAUAUUGGGGAAAGGCCCUACAAAUGUGACCAGUGCGGUUAUUCUGCUGCACAGAAAAGUGAUUUGGACCGACACAUGGCUAAACAUACUGGAGACAAACCCUAC